GCGUUUCGUCUUUGGGCAGCAUUCUCUUGCUCGCUGGUCGUCGGGCGGAGAGUGGGUGUAGGCCUCUACGGGCUGAACCCAUCUGCAUUAAAUUCCACUGCUGCCUUCUCCGCUGUUCCUAAUUCUUCUUCUUCUUCUUCUCUGGGCAUUCUCUCUCCUCUUGGCCUAUCCAACCAACCAGCCUUCCAUCGACCUCCGCCACCACCCUCUCUCUUCCUCCCGAGGCUUUACCUUUCAGUAGAUUCAUCCCGGCAGCAGCAGCAGCAGCGGCUGCAGCAGCUGCUGCCGCUUUGCUGCCUGCUUCAGCACCUUCUUCAUCUUCAUCUUGUGCUGCUGCAUGCUGCAUUGUGAGCAUUCUAGCUAGCUUGUAGCCUUUCCGGACGUGCAUGCUGGUGGGCAUCUCGCUCGCGACCGAAUUGCCAGGAAGCUGAGAUCGCUGCCGGGCACAGUCGGUGCACGGGUGGACGUUUCUCUUGUCAAGCUGUUACAGUAACUGCCAGACGCAGCAAAUUUGCAGACACGAUCGUCUAGUUAGCGAUAAGAUCGGUCGUCGAUCAGAAUGAUUGUGCAGGAGGCUGGCAUGGCCGUGGGCUGGCCCUUGGGCCUGGGCCACGAUACGACCGGAUGGCCGCUGGGUCUCAGGCUCCGCCUCACUCAGGAAGACUUGCAAUGGCCCCGAGAACCCCAUCUCGACGACUCCCCGAGUUACAGCACGAAUUCUUCGAGCCUCGACACUGAGUCGACGAGGUCGUUUUUCCAGGACAAGAGCAUCAGCCUGGGUGCGCUGAUCGGGCUGCCCAUCAACCAGUUCGCUGCUGCGAGCAACGGCGCCAACCACAACCACAACCACAGUCACGGUCACAGUCAGCAGGCGCAGCGGAGGGCGCGAAACGGCAACAACAUGCUGCGCGUGUUCCCGGCCAGCACGAGCUCGGGGUCGCGAUGCGGCAGCGAGCACGGGCACAAGUCGCGCUCGAGCCACGGGUCGAAUCGACCGCAGCAAGCAUCGAAGGGCGCGGCCUCGGCCGCCUGGGCGCUGCUGUCCGUGCUCAGCUGCGCCCGCGUCCCGUCCGGCGCUACGGAGGCGACAGCGGCCACCGGCGGGAGCAGAUCGUCGAAGUCGUCGUCGGCAGCGUCGUCGGUGUCGUCGCGGUUCCGAUCGUCGGAGCACUCUACGUCGAAUCCGCCGGCGGCGGCGGAGACUGCCCGGCCGGGCGCGGGAGGAGGCGCCGGGGCGCAAUUCGCCUGCAGGACCUCGCCGGCGAACAAGCUCUACGACAACAUCACGUUCGAGGAGGAGGCGGCGGACCACGACGAGUCGCACUCGUCGGAAUGGAACCCGCUGUUCGCCUCGUCGUCGCUGGAGAACGUGGAGGACGAGGACGACCUGGACCGCGACGCCGCCGUGCCCGAAUCGCUGCAGCACAUGCAGUCGCUCAUGCGCAGCCACUCCUCGUACUCGGACUCGACGCAGGCCAGUGACUGGUCCAGCGCCAGCGAGUCCUGCGACCUGCGCCACUCCAAGCCCUCGCCCCUCGCGCGCCACGACCUCUCGUCGCAGUUCGGCAAGCACUCGGCCCUCCACAUGCUCAUCUCCCGCAUGGUCUGCUGCCGCAGCACCCCCACCGUCGACACCUGACUUCCCCCCCCCCCUCCGCCCUCGUAGUUAGAUCUCUCCCUCCCUCCCUCCUUCCCUCGAUCCAUCGAUCCCUCCCUCCCCUCCCACUCCCUCCCUCCACGCUCGAAUCGACUCGGAGCUCGUGACGAGAGAAGGACGAGGAUCCGAUUCUUGCAAGCAAAUUCUUGUUUUGUUCAGUUUUAGACAGGGCUGCGAUGGAGGACGAGGCCGAACUCCACUCAUCGCAAGCGGGAGCUUCGUGCAUGCCUUCGUGGGCAGCCGGUUCGGUUCGUCGGAACAUCUUUACCGCUUGUGGCUAGCUAGUUACGUAAGAAUUGAGGAUGCGAGAGUGUUUCUACCCCAAUGUAAAUUAAAGCGAUGUCGUCCGGUCGCUGGUUCGGUCGGAACUUGUGAUUGUUUGCGUUCUGGCGUACGUACGUACUGCAAGGGACCGGACUUUGAUCCUACCGCGCACGCACGAGCUCAUCGACCGGCGCCCACUCGUCGAUCCUGCGCACUGUCACCUUCCUGUUCUUGUUUCGAAGGCGAGGGGCGGAGGGAGGGCGUGUGGUGCCACCGGUGAUGCGUUCGUGCGUGCGUGCCUGCGCUGGAAUACAGUGCGAAAAAUUUGCAGACAUGAUUCCUCUUUUGGCACCGAGGAAAGCUUCUUCGAAUGUUCUCGGGAUGUGCUGUGAGAGCACUCACGGUACCCAAUUUCUGAUACGGUCUCAGGGGAAUCUCGACGAGGUGCCAACAGAGAUGGUGGUCCUUUCGAGGGAGGAAUCGACGAGGGCGAGCGAGGACGAGGAGCGGGUGGGUGAACUUUGAGUCUCUUUAUUCUCUCCACGGAACAUGGAAAGGAGACAAAUCAUCGAUCCUUAACCUGCUGCUUGGUUCCCUGCUUCACUCGAGCCGUCCUCCGUCGGUGCCGUCGGAGUCCAUCAAUCGAUCGUAGAGUCAGGCUUGAUUGGCUAGCUAGCUUGCAGAUAAGAAAUCUGGCCUGUGCGCACAUUAUCGGUUGAGUCCUCGGUCGUCCCGAUGAAGCUUCUUCAUCAUGCAGGAAGCGGAAGCGGAAGCGGAAGCAGAAGCAGAAGCAGAUCAUCACAAAUCCUACUACGACGAAGUUUGACGGCGAGAACCAGCCACAAGACGAAGGACAAAAAGCUCGUAGGAAUAUGAUUCGUUCGUAUGAGUUCCACUCACUCCUUGGAUCGAUGGAUCAUCGCUCAUGGGAAGUAAUCAGUGACCGGGUUCUUGAAUAAUUCAGUUACAGCUGAGCUCUCAACAGCAGCCCUGCCCUCCGCUCCCUCGUGGGCGGAGGGAGGGUUUACCAGCGUCGUGUAGUAAUUGAUCGGUGGCGGGGUUCUUGGAAACUUUGUCUCAGACUCCAAACGACAAAUUCUGAAGAGGCUUCCGAUUGACAGACGGACAGACAGCGUUUGUGCACAGCAGAGCACAGAGAGCACUUGCCUAGCCUUGCCUUGCCUUGCGCUGCCUUGUCGUGCCUGGCAUGAAUGAAUGAAGCACAACAGACCAAGGGCUCGUUAUAUUUUGGAGCGGCCGGAUCUCGUGAGGUGAUUCUCUGGUGUGUGCGUGGGAGUCACGAGCGCGCACGCACUUGUUGUGAUAUUACGCUAUUACGAAAACCGAAAUGUAUAAAGUUUUUGAAACGACCCAUGAAAGUUGCUUGGGUCGAUGAUCUUGAUCAUUCAUG